AACUUUAAACAAUAACUUUUCUAAGCUGUUAGCUAUGGUAAUCAGCAUUUAAAGCAAGUACCUAGGUAAGAUGCAAAGCCACUGACAAAGUUUGUUGUUCAGUCAUUUCAAUCGUGUAAUCGUGUCCGACUUCGUGACCUCGUUUGGGAUUUCCUGGCGAAGAUUCUGGAGUGAUUUUCCAUUUCCUUCUCCAGCUCAUUUUACAGAUGAGGAAACUGAGGUGAACCGGGUUAAGUGCCUUGCCCAGGGUCACACAGGCAGGAAGUGUCUGAGGCUGGAUUUGAACUCAGGAAGCUGUUUUCAGAAAGAAAAAAGAUGGAAAGUGGUGCAGUUCUACUACAGUCCAAAUCAUCACCAAUUAAUCUUUUGAAUGAAAUGCACCAAUUACGUCUUCUUGGUCACUUGUGUGAUGUGACUGUUAGUGUGGAAUAUCAAGGUGUACGAGAAGAAUUUGUGGCUCAUAAAGCUGUACUGGCAGCCACAAGCAAGUUUUUUAAGGAGAUGUUCCUUAAUGAAUCGAACAUGGAUGGAACAAGGACAAAUGUAUAUUUAAAUGAAGUACAAGUUGUUGACUUUGCCUCUUUCCUUGAAUUUGUCUAUACUGCAAAGGUCCAGGUAGAAGAAGACCGUGUGCAGAGAAUGUUGGAAAUGGCUGAAAAACUUAAGUGUUUAGACUUAUCUGAAACUUGUUUUCAGUUAAAGAAACAAAUGUUAGAAUCUGUACUUUUAGAGCUUCAGAACUUUUCAGAGUCUCAGGAGCCAGGAGAGAAUAAUAACUCUCAAACAAAUGAUGUUCUACUUGAUUCUAAGGCUAGUAUAAUGGUAGAAGUCCCUAACACUGAUAGUCUUUCUGAUUCUUCAGAUUACCCUGUCGAAAGAAAUAGCAACGGUUUAAUAUCACAGACACCACUGAGAAAGUCAAAGGAUAAAGUAGAUAAGAAAAAAGAAGUUAUGAAACCUCCCUAUCCUAAAAUUAGAAGAGCUAGUGGAAGGCUGGCUGGAAGGAAGGUAUUUGUGGAAAUCCCUAAGAAGAAGUAUACAAGGAGACUCAGAGAACAGCAAAAAAGUGCUACAGAUGAUGUUGGGGAGAACAAAUCCCCAGAAGACCAAAGCAUACUGGAUGUGGAAAUGGUGAUAGAGCCAGUGUCAAAAAAUGUGGAGCCAAAGAAUGAGGAAAAUGAUGCUGGCUUUGAGUUAGAGGAAGCUUUGAAAAAAGCUGAGGAAGAAGAUGAUAAGAAAAAGAGCAAUUUUAAGUGUACCACUUGUGAAAAGGAGUUUCUCUAUGAGAAGAGUUUCCUGAAACACAUCAAACACAAUCAUGGCAUUGCUGCUGAAAUAAUUUAUCGCUGUGAUACGUGCAGCCAGACAUUUGCCAACCGCUGUAAUUUGAAGAGUCAUCAGCGUCAUGUUCAUAGCAGUGAGCGCCAUUUCCCUUGUGAACUCUGUGGAAAAAAAUUCAAGAGGAAAAAAGAUGUUAAAAGGCAUAUUCUUCAGGUUCAUGAAGGUGGCGGGGAGCGCCAUCAGUGCCAGCAGUGUGGCAAAGGCUUGAGCUCCAAAACAGCUCUGAGGCUUCAUGAACGAACUCACACAGGGGACAAACCAUAUGGGUGCACUGAGUGUGAAGCUAAGUUUUCUCAGCCUUCUGCCCUGAAAACACACAUGAGAAUUCAUACUGGUGAAAAACCUUUUGUCUGUGAUGAAUGUGGUGCAAGAUUCACUCAAAACCACAUGCUGAUAUAUCAUAAAAGGUGUCAUACAGGGGAAAGACCUUUUAUGUGUGAAACAUGUGGCAAAAGUUUUGCUUCUAAGGAGUAUUUGAAACAUCAUAAUCGGAUUCACACAGGAUCCAAACCCUUUAAAUGUGAAGUUUGCUUCAGAACAUUUGCACAGAGGAAUUCACUUUACCAGCAUAUUAAAGUCCAUACAGGUGAACGUCCAUAUUGUUGUGAUCAGUGUGGUAAGCAGUUCACACAGCUUAAUGCCUUGCAGCGUCAUCAUCGAAUCCACACAGGAGAGAAGCCAUUUAUGUGCAAUGCAUGUGGGCGCACCUUCACUGACAAGUCCACUCUCCGGCGGCACACUUCUAUACAUGAUAAGAAUACACCGUGGAAAUCUUUCCUUGUUAUUGUAGAAGGUUCACCCAAGAAUGAAGAUAGCCAUAAAACUGAACAAAUGGAUGAAGACUAUCCGUCACCCAAAAUAUCUGAAAAGCUGCUCUCAUUUGCAGAAAAUGGCCACUUUCAAAAUUUGACUGCAGUCCAAGGAGCUCUGACUGCUUUACAUGAAAACAGUCCUACAGAUUUAGACUGUAAAUCAGAUGAUCCUGUAGUCCCCCAGGAAGCCCUCAUAGCUACCACAUUAAGUGAUCUUACAGUACUUCAUACGCAGACUGACUCAAUUCAACCAUCACUUCAUGCUUUGUCAAACAUAGAAUGAUUGCCUCAAGUGUUUGCUGAGAAAAUCCAAUAUAGGAGAGACUUCUUUGAAUACACAUUGCCUGUGCUCAGAACCAUGCCAGUAGCAUAGACGUAAAAUUUCCAGUGGGCACAAAAGAAAAAAUGGGCUUUUAUGAAUGAUAUCCUCAGAUUUUCCUGAAAUCCAUGGUACUUGCACAUCUUUAGCAAAACGUUUUUAAAAAUCUCAGUUUCCAGACCCUGAUCUGCAUGAUGUUGUUGACUACACUUUCCUCAACAAUUAGAAUUCUACUUUGAGUAGAUUUGUUGUUUUUAUUGUAAGGCUUGAUUCUUAUUUUUUAAAAACAUUCAGAUAAUUUCUUUUGAACUUAGUUUUUUACCCAUUAUCAAUUCACUCUCUUACUUUCUUGUGAAUAUAUCCUAUGAUAUCUUCUCAUUGCCUCAAUCCACACCAGCCUUCUGUAAAAUUGUAUUUAUGUGAUAAUCUUAGGAUAUUUUUCCAGUUGAGUUGAUUCCUUAAUGAAAUAAUGUUGGGACCAUAUUUUGCCAAGUGUCUUCCCUGAUUAAUCAAGCCAAGUAAUUGAAGCUUUAGGAUCAUUGUAUUGAGACCCUUUUUCAUAUUGAAAAAGUUUAUUAUUAAGCUCAUUUUUAGUAUCACUUAGGCACAAAAAAGGACCAAUUAGGAAUUUUUAAUCAUCAAUCCAAUAAUAAUCUCUUCACUGGCUCUACAAAUAAGAUCACACACAUCUUGGUCAUUUCUGAAAUUCCAAGCCUAAUUGUUACCAAAGAAUCCAGCAGUAGUUCAGUUUUUGUGAUAAGGUGCUAAAAGAUUAUGCAAGAAUUUGAGAAUUUGUUGAUGGGUGGGUGCAGCAGCUUUAUUCCUCUGGCAAAAUGUAGUGUUUGUGUAAAUAUUUGGAGUUCAUUGUAGUAGCUUUGGCUACUACUAAAUUUUCCCACCUUCUGAUUUAUUGCUACUUUUGGAUAGAGGCGUAAUUAUCUAGACUUUAUUAUUUAAAAUCAGAAUUUUCUUAUGACAAGCACAUAUUAUAGAAUUCCAAAUAUAUGUUUACUUGAGAUGUUCUAAAUGGUCACAAAUCUAAAUUUUUAGUAGGUCACAACUCCAAAUUUUUAGUACUAGGUUGUAUUUUGAUAAUUAAAAGAUUUCAGCAGGUAUUUAAAAUUCCCUUGUAUAAUUAUAUUCAUUGAACUUUAAAGAAUAAUGCUUGUUUUUAUCUUGUGGUGCCCCUUGAAAAGUCUCUUUUGUGGCACAUGCUGCUGGUAUUCUUUUAACAAAACAAACAUGUACUUUUGCCAAAUUUGAGCUCUGAUGGAAGUUCGUUUUUUGAAUUUGCUAUAUUUUGGUGAAAAGCUUUGGUUCAAAUAUGGUCCUUAGCGAAAAUCCAUAUGUUCAUGUCAAAUAUUUUAACCUAUCACUUGUGUUUCCUCUAAAUUUUAUUUUGCUAAAUUUUCUAUGAACAAAAAUUGUGUGGGGUAGAUUGUAUUUUGUUUUCAAGAAAUCACUGGAAAGUGCUUUAUGAAAGGUUUCUCUGGAAAAAAAAAAAGGCUGUUUUCUCUUGGGCAGUAAUUUGACCAUUUCUUAUAGUAGUUCACACAUUUAACCUAUUUUUAGUAAAAUAAUCACAGUGACUAGUUUCACCAUUACAACUACACUUUUAAAAAUUGCAUUCUAGCUGUAUCCAGAGUAAAAAAUUGGUUUCAGCUUUUUUAAAAACUUUUAUUUUGGAGAGAGGAAAAACCUAUAUUUAACCUGCUUUUUCUUGGAAAAAAACAGUCCCUCAGAAUUUGGAUGCUAGAUUUUUAUUUAAUGCUUAGUUUGAUGGUCUUAAAUUUUUGUAACUUUUCAAGGAACAAUAAAAUUUUAUCUGUUCAAUCUUUUGAUGAAUGUUUACUUUAAGUUCACUAUGCUAUAACUAUUAAGUUCUUUAUAUCCAAUAUUUUAAUGAAAUCUAGACUCAGAUAAAACCUGAGUAGUUAUUGUGACUAAAGCACAAUCAGCUAUCUUUAAUUGUGUAAACAAUUUAUAAAAUCAAUGGUAUGUAAACUAUUUUGUGGUAUACUGUUGAAAUUAAAAUACUUUUAAAAUAUA